AUGUUUGUAAAAAUCUCAAUUACUAUAUUGUGCGUCGUGAUAUUUUUUUUCCAAGAACUCCAAUGUUCUAAUGAUCCAGAUAUUUGCGAUUCCUUUGAAUCAAUAGUAAAAAGAUAUGGAUACCAAAUGGAAAAUAUUACGGUUCAAACUGAUGAUGGAUACAUACUACAAAAUUUUAGAAUUUCGCGCGUUGGAACUAAUAUGCAAAAUAUUACUGGACCUCCGUUGGUCAUAUGGCACGCAUUUGAUAGAAACGCUAGAUGCUUUGUUGUUAAUGAAAAAGAUUCUCUGGGUAUAUUAACCACAACGAGCGCAUUACAUUUUUCAUGCAGUUAUUUUGUAGCAUUUUAUUAUGCUGAUGCUGGCUAUGAUGUUUGGCUUCCAAAUGUACGAGGUACUGUAUUCUCCAGUCAUAUAAGUUUGACACCAAAUGAUGCGGAAUAUUGGGACUUUAGCUAUGGUAAAAUAGGAAAAAACGAUGUUAAAGCAGUGGUGGAGAUGAUAGUGGAGAAAACUGGGCAAAAACUAAUCACCAUGGGACAUUCUUUGGGGACAAGUGCAUUGUUUGUGUAUGCCUCUGCAUAUCCAGAAGAUGCUUCAAAAAAUUUAAAAGGCAUUAUUGCCCAUGCACCUGCAAUUAACUUGUACCAUACCAAAACAAUUUACUUAUCCAUUUUAUCCAACAUCCCAGAUCUGGUGAGGACUAACUUUGGUUUAUUUAAAAUAAAUUAUAUCGACAGUAGUCUCGAGACGGCGUGUCAAUAUAAGUUAGUCGAACCAUUUUGUGAAUUAUUGAUUAACAGCCUAUUUGGAAAAAGUGAUAACAUUAAUUUAAAGUAUAGUCUUCCAAAGUUUACCGGAAGAGGUAACGAACCCAUUAGCAGUCAAGUAUUUAUAAACUAUUUACAAAUGAUUCAACAAAAGGGAUACUUUGCUGAUUAUAGUUAUGGACCGUUAAAAAAUUUACAGGUGUAUGGAAAAAUUAACCCACCUGCCUUUAACCUAAAAAAUAUCAAUAUAAGGGUUGAUAUUUUUUGUGGUAUUAAUGAUUAUGUUUGUUCAUGCGAGGAUGCAAAAACAACAUUUAAUAUGCUUGAAACUGAAAAAUCAUACACCAUAUUGCCGAACAAUAGCGGCUGUCACGGUAAAGUGGCUCACUUGGACCUUUUCAUGUGUUCAAAUAUGAAGCAUUGUGUAUUUGAUCCUAUAGAUAAUAUUUUGGCAAAUUAUAUAAACUUGUAAAUUGUUUUUAUUUAAUAUUACUAUAUUAACAUAUUA